AUGAGUGAUCCAGACAUCCCAAUGAGUACUCCAGAUGAGUAUUCGGCUUAUCCAGAUAUCGACGAAGACGUACGAUACCCAUGGCAGGGUCAUGAAAACCAGCAACCUUCUAUCGGCGAUCUUGAUACGUCUGUGAUUGAUCCUCGACUCUACGGUGGAGAUUCGAACGUCGGAGCUGAAGAGGAGCUCGAUCAAGCUCAGGGCUAUUAUCCCAGUGACUUAUCUGAAGACGAACGAGAUAUUCCACGUCAUUUUGGUCACUUUGAUGCAGGAGAUGACGACUCGGACUAUGUAGCACAAAGUGGAGACGAUCCUAGUGACGAUGAAGAUGAAGAAGACGAAGAGGAUGAAGAUGAUGAAGAUGUUGAUAAUAAUGAAGGCCCAAGCGGUCGACCCUCCCGUGGCUGGGGCGCCCGCGGUGGUAAAGGCAUCAAAAGAGGACCUCGCAAACCCUUGGAACCAGGUCCCGAAUUCAAGAUGCUACAUUCAGAAGCUACCGAGGCUUUCAUUGAUGGCGAUUAUGACCGAGCUAUGAAUCGUGUGACACAAGCCAUCCACAUGAACCCUGAAAUGUUCCCGGCCCAUUCUCUCCUGUCUGAAAUUUUCCUGGCUAAAGGCGAAAAAGACAAAGCAUUGGCUGCUUUGUGGAAUGGUGCUCAUACUCGACCUAAGGACGCGUCGGUUUGGCUCAAAAUUGCUCGGCUCAUUUUGCAACGUGCUGGUGAUAAUCGCAGAGCUUUCUUGAAGGACGUUGUUUAUUGCUACAAUCGUGUCCUUGGCAUCGAACCUAAAAAUUACACAGUGCGCUACCAUAGGGCCGCAAUAUACCGUGAGUACGGUUACAAUGUCAGAGCGGCCAAAGAAUAUGAGCGCAUCUUGAGAGAUCGACCGCACAAUCCGAAGGCCCUGAGACAUCUGGCGGAGAUCUACAUUGAUCUUAAUCAAGUCCACACAGCAAUCGAUCGAUGGGAGAAAAGUGUAGAUCACUUUCUAUCGAUCGAUCCUGAAGAGGUCCGCUUUUCUUGGUCUGAAGUGAACAUUUAUGUCGAACUUUACAGUAUGGUGGGUCGGUUUGAUGAAGGACUUCAUGCCCUUGGGUUACUUGCUCGAUGGUUGCUUGGGCGUGGAGAUGACACCUUAUGGGAUGAUUUUGACGAAGACGAUCGAGAAUGGGAUCCCAGUGAUUCACCACGUCGCAUCAAAACCAACGGUUUCGUUCCUGAAGAGUGGCCGCUUGAAUCGUAUGGCAUUGGGCUUCCACUUGAGCUACGCAUAAAGAUGGGAAUCUUUCGUCUUAAAAUGGGUUACAAGUACCACGAUGAAGCCCUACAUCAUUUCGAAUGGUUGAAUCCAGAAGACUCUUCGGAAAACGCCCGGAUCUUUGAUUAUGGCGAUCUUUUCAGGGAGGUUGCCGACGCGCUCAAGGAUCAUGGGUUGCCAGAAGAAGCCUAUCGCUUUUACCAUCCAAUUCAAAACACCUCGGAGUAUGCAGAUAUUGGAUACUUCAUAGCAAUGGCCGAUUGCUGUAUGCAAUUGGAGAAGCACGAUGACGCGGAAGGCUACUACCUCACCGUUGCUGAACACGACUCGAAAAACAUGGAAUCGCGAGUGGGACUUGCUAAGCUAUACGAAUGUCUCAAUAUGAGUGACGAGGCAAUGAAAUUUGCCAAUGAAGCUGUUCUUCUUGGGCGCCAGGAAGGUGGAAAGAGGCGCAGAAAAGACACUCGACUUGAGCAGCUAGCAGAUGAGUUCAGACAGGGUGAUAAUACUAAGUCUCUGCGGCCGCUUGCCCCCAAGCCAACGGCCGGUUUUACUUUCCGGGAUUCUUCGACUCUCAAACACGGCGAUACAGGGCCUUCAGAAGAAAGCAUGAGGGCAGAGAACGCUCAGUUUCUAUAUGGAAAAUUGAAACAGCUCGAACCUUUUGUCAAAGAAGGCGAUUCUGAAGCUACUGAAGAUUGGCUUGACAUUGCUGAUGCACUGCUUCGCGAUUUCCGGUCAAACAAGGUAUUCUACCCCAUCGCACGCACAAUGGAAUUCCAGGGAUACUCUAGGAAAGAUCAAAAAGGGAAAAAUCUUACUUUGCUCGAUGAGGCUCAAGCAAUGGCAGGCCGUCUCCUGAGCCGUGCGAGUGCUGGCCGUUCCGAUGAACCCAUAUCCGAUAGCAUUCCCAAUGAAUACUACAAUAUCCCCUUUGAUGAGUGGCUAGACAUAUUCCUCCAAUAUGCCCUUAUUGUCGCGGACCAGGGAGAGGUCGAAGACGCAUAUCAAGCACUUGACUCUGCCUCAGUUGCUAAUAUCUGGAUUCAUUCGAAGUCUAGAUCGCGCUUGAUCCAUGUCUGCUGGUUUACUUGCGCGCUUCGAGCCCGUGACGAGGAGGUCUUGGCACAUGAAGCCCGUUGGUUUAUCAAGGAAUAUCAAUUUGUUACAGAUACCUACCGACUCUUUUCGAUGCUCAGCCAUAUUUCUGCAGACCCCCUCAAACCAUUUUUCCACACCUCACCGAACAUGAAAUUCAUGCUUCGUCAAAUCAAGGCGAUGGACUUUACCCUUCCAGACGAACCAGCCAAACCUCAACCUGUUCGCCAAUCUCUCUACAAAGAACGUGCAUCUCUCUCAACAAAAGACGAAUUUGGCGAGCGAAUUCCGGCCGAAUCACUUGACAUCGCCCUUCUCAUCCUUUAUGGCCACAUUCUAUAUUCAGGAGGCAGUUUUUACCCAGCCCUGAAUUACUUCUUCCGAGCAUAUGCCCUUGACCCCGAAAAUCCAGCUUGCCUUCUUUCUAUUGCUCUUUCCUACAUCCAGCACUCUUUCAAGCGACAAUCCGACAAUCGACACUAUCUCAUUAUGCAAGGGCUUUCUUUCCUAAAUGAAUAUCGUCGUGUACGGAUAAAACCCGGAACUUCGCUCCCCGAGCGACAAGAAGUGGAAUUUAAUUUUGCGCGAGCGUGGCAUGGCCUUGGACUGGCACAUUUAGCUGUUCCCGCCUAUGAGAAAGUACUCGAGAUCGGCCAGGAAAUUCAAGAACAGGCCAUCGCGUCAGCAGCCCCGGAAGAUGACACUGAUGUGGAUAUGGACGGAGCAGAUGAAUCUUCUCGGGUCAUAGAUCAGAAUCAGACCUCGAACCGUUUUGUGGAAGACUUCACACGAGAAGCGGCCUACGCCUUACAAUGUAUCCAUGUCAUGGGUGGUGACCCGAAGCUUGCGAAGGAUGUCACCGAGAAAUGGCUCGUCAUCUAA